AUGGAUUUUGAUGAGCGCAUCUCUGGCUCCAAUAUGUAUUUACCGAGCUGCACUUAUUACGUCUCCGGAGCCGACUUCUCGGGUCUCCCUCAUUAUUUAACCCAGAGCCAGUCCUCUUGCCCCAUGACAUACCCCUACCAGUCCUCAGCCCUGCCACAGGUCCCGUCCGUGAGAGAUGUGGCUUUCAGAGACUAUGGGAUUGAUACCUCCAGCAAGUGGCACCACAGCAGGGGGAGCCUAUCACACUGCUACACCGAGGACAUCGUGCACAGGGACGGCUGGACGAGCCCGACCUCGCGGGGGGGAGAGAUCCUGGUGAAAGGCGGCUCCAGCGCCAGCCACUCCGGCUCCUCCAACCCGGCGCACGGAUUUUAUGGCAGCGUCGGCAGGAACGGCGUCCUGCCGCAGGCUUUCGACCAGUUCUUCGACACUGCCUACGGGAGCUCGGAGCACAGCACAACCCCGACAGCACAUGCGGCGGACGCGGACAAACACGCCGCCAAAACAAGCCCCGCUCCGGCUCAUCCGGGCUCGGACACGGCGGAGAGCUUUAGCCCCAAGUCGUCCUCCGGCCACAGCGAGGAGAAACAGAGCAAAAGCAGUGGCCAGAGGACGCGCAAGAAGAGGUGUCCAUACUCAAAGUAUCAGAUCAGGGAACUGGAGAGGGAGUUCUUUUUCAGCGUUUACAUCAACAAGGAGAAGCGUCUGCAGCUCUCGCGGAUGCUCAAUCUGACAGAUCGCCAGGUCAAAAUCUGGUUUCAGAACAGGAGGAUGAAGGAGAAGAAGCUGAACAGAGACCGUUUACAGUACUACACCACAAACCCCCUGCUAUAA